GUGGUGGCGGCUGUGGGUUUUUCUGCAGGCGAUCCUUUUGAGUGAUUUGUUUCACGCACGCGCCCUGCUGUGGGGUAAAGCGGCAGAUUCAUGCUGCUGUCAUUUGUCGUUAAAACGAUGGGCUUGUGUGUACCUUUUGGAUUUGAGGGCAGGGAGAUGACAUUGUGACUUGGCUUCCUGUGACCGUCCAUUCUCAAGGCCUGAGACCUGGGAGGAAGCUGGAGAAAAGAUGCCCUCUGAAUCUUUCUGUUUGGCUGCCCAGGCUCGCCUUGACUCCAAAUGGUUGAAAACAGAUAUACAGCUGUGCAGUCAGAGAAGAAAUGCCUUAGAAAGGCAAGCAAGUGGCUUUUGGAAUAUACAGAAGAAUAUGAUCAGAUAUUUACUCCUAAGAAAAAACAAAAGAAGGUACAGGAGCAGGUGCACAAGGUAAAUUCCCGCUGUGAAGAGGAAAGCCUUCUAGCCCGAGGUCGAUCUAGUGCUCAGAACAAGCAGGUGGACGAGAAUUCUUUGAUUUCAACCAAGGAAGAGCUUCCAGUUCUUGAAAGGGAGGCUCUGUAGACCAGGCGCAGUGGCUCACGCCUGUAAUCCCAGCACUUUGGAAGGCCGAGGCGGGUGGAUCACGAGGUCAGGAGAUGGAGACCAUCCUGGCUAACAUGGUGAAAUCCUGUCUCUACUAUAAAUACAAAAAAUUAGCCGGGCAUGGUGGCAGGAGCCUGUAGUCCCUGCUACUAGGGAGGCAUGAACCCGGAAGACUGAGCGUGCAGUGAGCGGGGAUCCCAUGACUGCACUCCAGCCUGGGUGACACAGCAAGACUCUGUCUCAAAAAAAAAGGAGGUUCCAUUUUUGGAGGGCCCCUUGGCUCAGUCAGAACUUGGAGGUGGACAUGCUGAGUUGCCACAGCUGACCUUGUCUGUACCUGUGGCUCCGGGAGUCUCUCCACGGCCUGCCCUUGAGUCUGAGGAAUUGCUAGUUAAAACACCAGGACUUUAUGAAAGUAAACAUCAAAGAAAACCAACUAAGAAACUUCUUGAAUCCAAUGAUUUAGACCCUAGAUUUAUGCCCAAGAAGGGGGACCUUGGCCUUUCUAAAAAGUGCUUAAGAAGCUGGUCACCUGGAGAAUGGAAUAACUGAAUCUUGUGCCACAUCUUUUUCAACAGAUUUUGGUGGAGGCACUAUCAAGAUAUUUGACAAACCAAGGACGCAAAAACGACAGAGGCAUGCUGCAGCCAAGAUGCAAUGCAAAAAAGUGAAAAAUGAUGACUCAUCAAAAGAGAUUCCGUGCUCAGAGGGAGAACUAAUGCCUCACAGGACGGCCACAAGCCCCAAGGAGACUGUUGAGGAAGGUAUAGAACACGAUCCUCGGAUGGCUGCCUCUAACACAAUGCAGGGUGAAUGUGGUGGAGGAGCUGCACUCAAGGAGAAUGUUUGACAGAAUUGUGAAAAAUCAGGUGAGCUGCUGUUAUGUGAGGCUCAGUGCUGCAGGGCUUUCCACCUGGAGUGCCUUGGAUUGACUGAGAUGCCAAGAGGAAAAUUUAUCUGCAAUGAAUGUCACACACAGGCUCUCCCGGCUGUGAUUGACCUUCAGUUACAGAGAGAGGGAGCAGAGUGGGACCAGGUCUGAGAAUAGUGAAGCAACUCAUUCCUUUCAGGACAUUCCCUCUGAUGUCCUAUUUUCAAACUGGUCUCUGGAGGAGCCUAAGGUGAUCUCCGCCUUCUCUGGAAAGCAGGCCGGGAAGCACGUGGUGCACAUCGCUUGCGGGAGCACUUACAGCGCGGCCAUCACUGCCGAGGGGGAGCUGUACACCUGGGGCCACGGGAACUGCGGCCGGCUGGGCCACGGCUCCAGUGAAGAUGAGGCCACUCCGAUGCUGGUAGCUGGGCUUAAAUAAGGACUGAAGGUCACCGAUGUGGCGUGUGGGAGUGGGGACGCUCAAACCCUGGCUGUCACUGAGAAUGACAGUGGUGACCCUGGCCAGGAGCGCGGACGUGCUGAGCAUCGUGCAGUCGGCUGCCCAGGCCGUGCUGCAGAGCGGCUGUCCGUGCUGCUGCCCACCACGGAGGAGCAGGCCCGGGCACUCUCUGCUCUCCUGCCCUGCGCAGUUUCAGGCAAUGAAGUGAACAUAAGUCCAGGUCGUCAAUUCAUGAUUGAUCUUCUGGUGGGCAGCUUGAUGGCUGCUGGAGGGUUGGAGUCAGCCUUACACGCAGCCAUUACUGCGGAGAUCCAGGAUACUGAGGCCAAAAAAGAAGCACAGAAGGAAAAAGAAAUUGAUGAACAGGAAGCGAAUGCCUCAACAUUUCAUAGAAGCAGGACUCCAUUGGAUAAAGACCUUAUUAAUACGGGGAUCUGUGAGCCUUCUGGCAAACAGUGUUUGCCUCUGGUUCAGCUCAUACAACAGCUUCUUAGGCUGGAGUGCAAUGACGCGAUCUUGGCUCACUGCAACCUCCACCUCCCAGGUUCAAGUGAUUCUCCUGCCUCAGCCUCUCGAGCCGCUGGGAUUACAGAUGAUAGUGUCGAACCAAGUGGAACAAAGAAAGAAGAUCUGAAUGACAAAGAGAAAAAAGAUGAAGAAGAAACUCCUGCACCUGUAUAUAGGGCCAAGUCAAUUCUGGACAGCUGGGUAUGGGGCAAGCAACCAGCAGGUUCAUCAGCUGCUGGAGGAGUGCCGGACAGGAUGAAAGCACAGGAGAACUUUCUGGAUGAUAGAAAUGUUCCAUAUCUUCAAAGGAGGAAGAGGAAGACAGAGCUCUUACUAGAGGGAGGCAGAGAUGGCACAGCAAGAGACAUGCCCCCAGAAUGGCACCACUGCCCCAGGACAGGCCCACCCAUGGGACCAGAUGUGAAAAGAGAGGUCCAAAGAACUCAAGCAAUUUGCCAUAAAUCGUGUCCCUCGCAGAUGGAGAGAGAGUCUCGUCCUGUUGUCCAGGCCGGAAUGCAGUGGCAUGAUCUUGGCUCAUUGCAAGCUCCGCCUUCCGGGUUCACACCAUUCUCCUGCUUCAGCCUCCUGAGCAGCUGGGACUAUAGACGCCCACCACCACGCCUGGCUAAUUUAUUGUAUUUUUUAGUAGAGACGGGGUUUCACCCUGUUAGCCAGGAUGGUCUCAAUCUCCUGACCUCGUGAUCCACCCUCCUCGGCCUCCCAAAGUGCUGGGAUUACAGGCAUGAGCCACUGCGCCCAGACUUGUGAGGUUUUAUUAUGAAGUAUUAAAGCUAUGCUGUUUAGACAAUUUGAGAAAUGUUUCUUCUCCUAUUUCUGACAGAGUUGAUGUAAGAUGUGUGCUAUUUCUUCCUUAAGCAUUUGGAAAGAAUUCACUUAUUAAGCCAUGUGAGACUGUAGUUUUCUUUAUAAGGUGUUUAAUUACAGGUUCAAUUACAUAUAUUUGAAUAUUCAUUUUGGUAUCCUGUGUUUGCUGAAUCAAUUUGUUCAUUUUAUAUAAAAUUUCAAAGUUGUUCUAUUAUUCAUUUAUCUUUUUAAAUAUUUAUAAGGUCUGCAGUUAGAGUUUCUGCCUUUUGUCUGUUUUCUUAAUCAGUCUUGCUGGGGGCCAUCAAUUUUAUUAGUGUUUCAGAAAAGCAAACUUUGAUUUUAUUCAUCCCUUUACCAUACUGAAAAUGUUUUGCUUAAUUUCCAAACUUAUAGUUCCACUCUGAUUAAAUAUUUGUAUAACUAAAACUCUUUGGAAUUUGUGUCUUCUCAAUGAUCAAAAAUAUGGCUAAUUUUUAUAAAUAUUGCUUCUGCACUUGAAAAGGAUAUGUAUUCUGCAUGUUGAGUGUAGUGUACCACGUCUCUCAAUUAGAUCGAGCGUGUUAAAUGCAUCCUUUAAUGAUUCUAUUUCCUUACUGAUGUUUGUUUAUUUUUCAGUGGCUGAGACACAGAUAUUAAAGUUUCCCACAAUGAUCGUCAA